GAUCAAAGAACUGUGUCAGCAGUUUCCUCAGGGGAUCACAGACCAGGUGAUCCAGAACGACCUGCCUCACCUGGAGCCUCAGCAGAGAGCCAUGGCCAUCAACAAGCUGCUGUCCCAGGGUCAGCUGGACCUGCUGAGGAACAGUUCUGGUCUCUUGUACAGACUGAAGGACUCUCAGAACUCCAGUAAGAUGAAAGGUUCUGACAACCAGGAGAAACUGGUCUAUCAGAUCAUUGAAGACGCAGGAAACAAAGGGAUCUGGAGCAGAGACAUCCGCUUCAAGAGCAACCUGCCUCUGACCGAGAUCAACAAGAUCCUGAAGAACCUGGAGAGCAAGAAGCUCAUCAAGGCUGUCAAGUCUGUGGCGGCGUCUAAGAAGAAGGUCUACAUGCUCUACAACGUGCAGCCGGACCGCUCGGUGACGGGCGGGGCCUGGUACAGUGACCAGGACUUUGAAUCUGAGUUUGUAGAAGUUCUGAACCAGCAGUGCUUCAAGUUCCUGCAGAGCAAGGCGGAAGCGGCGAGGGACAGCAAGCAGAGUCCCAUGGUUCAGAGGAACAGCUCGUUCGCCACCUCACACGAGGUGUGGAAGUACAUCUGUGAGCUGGGCAUCAGUAAGGUGGACCUGUCCAUGGACGACAUCGAGACCAUCCUCAACACGCUGAUCUACGACGGGAAGGUGGAGAUGACGGUGAUCGCAGCCAAGGAGGGGACGGUGGGCAGCGUGGACGGACAGAUGAAGCUGUACCGGGGGGUCAACCCCGUCCUGCAGCCCACCGGCCUCGUCAAGACGCCCUGCGGACUCUGCCCGGUGUUUGACGACUGCCACGAGGGCGGGGACAUCUCUCCGUCCAGCUGCCUCUACAUGACAGAGUGGUUGGACUUCUGAUGGACGCUCGUCCUGCUUGUCUCUGUGAGGACACAGGGUCCACUGCUUCUUGUUUCCUCAUAAUAAAAACUGACUGUUGGCUCAGGUCAGAUAAUCCUAAUCUGUGGUUCAGCUGAGAUAAAGUUCUGUAAAACACACAGCUUCUUGUUUAUUUAUAAUAAAACUCUUUAUUUCUGUUAAA